UAUGAAAAAAGUGAUAGCAAAGAGUUUUAUGAGACUUUACAAAGCCAAGAACCAAAUAAUUUAACUGAAUUAGAAAUAGAAACCCACUUCAUCUAUCUCAACAAAACUAGUUAUAAUGGCCUUAACUAUAUCAAUG